UUCCGAGCCUGGGAUGUUUACCUGAAGGCAGCGCGAGAACACGUGUUAGAGCCUUCUGGAAACCGACUCCCCUUUCGAUAGGGUUCGAGCAGUGCGGACUCUUUACCGGCGAUACUUUUUAUUUUUUCUUCGCUGGGUGUGCAGCUUCGUCAUGGCUGUGAAAGCUCUAAACCCAAAAGCAGAAGUAGCCAGGGCCCAGGCCGCUUUGGCCGUUAAUAUCAGUGCCGCCCGGGGGCUUCAAGAUGUGUUGAGAAGUAACCUGGGACCGAAGGGGACCAUGAAAAUGCUGGUGUCUGGUGCAGGAGACAUAAAGCUGACCAAAGAUGGCAACGUCUUGUUACACGAAAUGCAAAUUCAGCACCCAACGGCGUCACUUAUUGCAAAGGUUGCCACGGCACAGGAUGACAUCACAGGAGAUGGUACCACCUCCAACGUCCUCAUCAUUGGUGAACUGCUGAAGCAGGCCGACCUCUAUGUGUCAGAGGGACUUCAUCCAAGAAUCAUUACUGAGGGUUUUGAGGCUGCAAAAGAGAAAGCUUUGGCAGUUCUGGAGGAAGUGAAGGUGACUCGGGAAAUGGACAGAGAGACACUCAUCAAUGUUGCACGCACCUCUCUCAGGACCAAGGUCCACACAGAGUUGGCAGACCUGUUAACUGAGGCUGUAGUAGAUGCUGUGCUGGCUAUUGCUAAACCCAAUGAACCCAUUGACUUGUACAUGGUGGAGAUCAUGGAGAUGAAGCAUAAGACUGACUGCGAUACACAGCUAAUCAGAGGUUUGGUGUUGGACCACGGUGCCCGACACCCAGACAUGAAGAAGAGGGUUGAGGAUGCUUAUGUGCUGACCUGCAACGUGUCUUUGGAGUAUGAAAAGACAGAGGUCAACUCUGGCUUUUUCUACAAGAGCGCUGGGGACAGGGAGAAGCUUGUGGCAGCAGAAAGGAAGUUCAUUGAAGAUCGUGUGCAAAAGAUCAUCGCCUUGAAGAACAAAGUCUGCCCUAAUGGGGAGAAGGGUUUUGUAGUCAUUAACCAGAAGGGUAUUGACCCAUUCUCCCUGGAUGCCCUAGCCAAGGAAGGCAUUGUCGCUCUGCGCAGGGCAAAGAGGAGGAACAUGGAAAGACUCUCACUUGCUUGUGGUGGCAUUGCCAUGAAUUCAGUCGAUGAUCUCACACCCGAGUGCCUGGGACACGCUGGGCUGGUUUAUGAACACACACUGGGAGAAGAAAAAUACACGUUCAUUGAGAAUUGUGGGAACCCUCGCUCAGUGACUCUGCUGGUGAAGGGACCCAACAAACACACCCUCACACAGAUCAAAGAUGCUGUAAGGGAUGGCCUGCGGGCUGUCAAGAACGCCAUAGAAGACGGUAGUGUUCUACCUGGUGCAGGUGCAUUUGAGGUGGCCGUGGCAGACGCUCUGAUAAAACAUAAGCCCAGUGUGAAAGGCAGAGCCCAGCUGGGAGUCCAAGCAUUUGCAGAUGCUCUCUUAAUCAUCCCUAAGGUUUUGGCCCAGAACUCUGGCUAUGACCAACAGGAGACCCUGCUAAAGCUGCAGACAGAGUACAAAGAGUCUGGUCAGCUUGUUGGAGUAGACCUCAGCACAGGGGAACCUAUGGUAGCAGGAGAAGCAGGAGUGUGGGACAAUUACAGUGUCAAGAAACAACUUCUCCAUUCAUGCACGGUGAUUGCCACCAACAUUUUAUUGGUAGAUGAGAUAAUGAGAGCUGGAAUGUCUUCUCUCAAAGGUUAAAGGUCAGCUGAGGAAGCUGCAGCGGUUGUCAUGCUCACAAGGAUAGCCAUUUUCCAGAUGGUUCAGUCAACACGUUAUUGCUCUCGGCACUCGGUCUGAUGGACAGCCUGCUUUUAACACCACAGAAUCCAUCACAGCGUCUGUCAGAAACCAUUGUUUUGCUAGUCAUGGUUUUUUUUUCCAUGCAUUUGUCAAUGCGCCCCCUUCUGAUUAGUUUAUUUAUGAGAUUUUGUUAAAAGCACCGACCUCUGACACUCACUUUUGUUUCUACCAUUAAAGGUUUUCUUGGCUAUUGAAAA